AGAUGACAUUCACUACAUUGAUGUCAAGCUAUCCCACAUGAAGCACCCACCUCCGACCCUUCCACCCCAGCCAGAGGGGCUUUCCCUGGAGCAGAUCGGGAGGAGACACGUGGUGCAGGCCAUUGUAGACAGUGAGAGGAAUUAUAUGAUGUCCCUCCAGAGGCUAGUCCAGGCCUACGAAAAGCCUCUUCUUGAGAGUGAGCCCCCGUUGUUGGAGAAGGAGAAGGUAAAGACGAUCUUCUACCGUGUGAGGGGGAUCUACCAAUGUCAUCUAAUGUUCCAGAUCGCCCUCGCUAGUAGGAUAAAGGAAUGGGAUAACAUUGAACAGAUUGGUGAUGUCUUUGUUGCAUCGUUCUCCAAGGCCAUGGUGCUGGAGGUGUACAGCGCUUACGUCAAUAACUUCACACAUGCCAUGGAGACGGUGAAGAAGACCGCAUCACAGAAACCAGCUUUCAGGGAAUUCAUUGAGAGUCGUCAGCAAUCCAGUAGCGAUCGACUGAGUCUAUAUGGGCUCAUGUUGAAACCAGUUCAGCGCUUUCCACAAUUCAUCUGUCUUCUCCAGGAUCUGUUGAAGAGAACACACCAAGGACACCCAGACAGGAUGCCCUUGCAGCUGGCCCUCACCAAGCUAGAGACCCUGGCCAGUGUCCUCAACGAAAGGAAGAAACAAAGUGAACAGAGGCAUGCCGUCAAACAACUCAUCAAGAACCUCAACGUGAAAUUCUCUUCAAAGAUGUCGUCGGAGAGGAAUCGAUGGUUGAUCAGACAAGAUGAUAUGUUACAAACAGUUGUUGUCAGAGCACGAAGUCACAGAACAUCGGCUUACGAUGGACAAGGGGAGGAGUUGAAAUGUAAGGAGAGACGGCUCUUCAUGCUGAACGACCUUCUUGUAUGCACUACAGUACUUAACAAUGGCCAGCCAUCCUCCCCAGGAUCAAUGGACAUGCCCAGAUUCAAACACAGGUGGAGCGUUCCAUUGACAGAAGUAGAGGUAAUCAACCCGACGAUAGAGGGGACAGAUAUUGAGAUGUCCUCAGAGCCGGGCAAACUCAAGAUCACAACACAACAUAUGGAUGAACAUGAAUACCUUUACGGUGGCUCAACAAGGCAGUUAUACCAGGAGAGGAAUGACCUUCUUCAUGACCUUGCCGUUGUCAAGCAGCUUGGAGCACUGAUAGGAACAUUGAAGGGUACCUAUGGUGUCCUCACAAGAGAUGAUAUUGAUGAAUGGAGUGAAAUCAUCAAUAAACUCAUCACAAAGAAAGGGCAAGAAAUCAAGCAGGCAGACGUCAGUAAAAUUCAGUUAUCACUUCCGUCAGUUCAGAUGGAUCAAAGAGUCACUAUUGUCUUUGAUGCUGUGAGCGCCAAGAUCAAACUCGAUUGGAUCACGGCUCUGGAGACUGCAAAACUAGGAAUGAAACCUCAUAACAAUCCUGGCUGGUAUGCACCAGAUGAGGGCGACACAACCCAUGCAGAGAUGAAUUUUGGCGUACCCCUCAUCAUGAAAGCUCUUCCCGUCUUCCCUACACGACAACAAGCAAAGUUCCAGUGUUCGGUACUUUGCCCGUUAGAACAACCUGGCCACCGCAGCCGACGGAAAGGCAUCCUCCAGAACGAGGGCGCGAGGAACUGUCUUUGGGUGUGCAGCUCCGACCAGACGACUUGUCACGUCAGUCUGGUCGGGUUCAUGCCCCCGUCUCCGCAGCUCCUGGAGACGUUUGAGACCACGGAGGGGUGUGUGGUGUGCAUGGAGUGCGUCCCAGGCUGGAGCGGACCGGGACCGAUGGGCGGGUACCUGAACAGGAGGGAGAACGAGAGGAAGGGGGACUACUGCUUCACCAGGCAUACGGUGUGGAUGGGGACGGAGACGGGAAGGGUGUUAAUCUACAGAAUAAACCAAUCUGACAAGAGUGAGCCUCUAGCAACCUUCAAAGCCACCCACCCCAUCACAGCUAUACAGUACCUCAACAAUAGAGUCUUCAUGUCUUUAUCCAAUGGAUCAGUACUUAUAUACGUCAGGACGAAGGAGGGAGAAUGGAAAGUCAAAGAGCCUAGAGUAUCACAGCUGGGCGAUGGAGCUGCGACAUGUCUGUUGGCUGUAUGCAAUGAUAUGUGGUGUGGAUGUGAAAAUAAAGUACAUCUUAUAGACACUGAAAGUGAAUUCAAACAGGUGAGCUUUGAAGCGCACGACCCUCACAUGGUGAUCGAUAAGAUGGUCGUAGCGGGUGUUGGCGUCUGGGUUUCCUUUGCCGAGUGUGAUAGCAUACGACUCUUCCACACCGAGACUAUGGAGCUACUGCAAGACAUCAGUGUGGGCAGUCCAAUAGGUCGCAUGGUUGCAAGUGUGACGUCCAAGGCCCAAUCCAGCCUCCACAUGACCUCGCCUGUCCAUGUCACCACCCUCCUGGCUUGCUACGGGUCCCUCUGGGUGGGGACAAACACCGGUAUCUUGGUCAACUUUCCCCUGCCACGCCUAGAGGGGGUUCCCCUAGUCAACGGCCCUGCCAUGGUGUCCUACCACACACAUAAGGGACCCGUGAGGAUGCUGAUUGCCAUGGAGCUGAACAGGACCAACGAUAGGGUGCUCUUCUCGUCACGGGAAGAGGAUGAAGAGAGUGAUGCCUCGCGAUCGCUGUCAGACCUCAGCACCCCUUCAAGCCGUCUCAAGUCCGGCAGCCAGACCGCCGAUCUCGUCAACAACGCCAUGUCCCCCAUGACUGACUACCUCAACCUCACGUUCAACAGCAACGGCAACCCAUCAACAGCAACCAACGGGGACCAUUCCACUACAACCACCACCACCACUACCAACGGCAUAUCCACAACGGUCACACACUGCCACGAAGCAAAGGACGAUGUGGAUGGGAGCCAACCGGGGCGGUUGGGCUCGGCGAGCGAGGUCGAAGUGUCUGCCAACGUCACAAGUACGACGUCAAUGGUGAUAAGCGGUGGGGAGGGGCAUGAUUACCUGAUGAGGUUGGGGGAGAAUGUAUCCAAUGAAGCUAAGCUGCUUAUGUGGCAGGUUUCAAAUUAACCCCAGUGUAUACCAUAUUUGUUUGUAUCUGCUUUUGUUGGGGGAAAAUAUAACUGAAAAAAAUAGCAACUGCAUUUUAUAAAGCCCAAAUUAUGUUUCAAAUCAACCUCAAUAUUUGGUGAAUGGUUCUUAGACAUUAUCUGCUUGUUGUGAAAAAUAUAACUGAAAAUAGACCUUAUGCAUAUGACAUCAUAUUUUCAUAGCGCCCUCCCUCAGAGGAUAUAGGAAUAUGCAUAAAGAGAGUUGUCAGAGAUGCGCCAGCUGCAGAUCACCAAUGCAUGCUUCAGCAUCUAAGAUAGCGGUGUGAUGACAUCAAUGCAUAAGGUCUAUAUUAGCAAUUGCAUUGUAUUAAACCAAAUUUUACAUUUGAUUAAACAAGAAGUGGUUCAGAUUGGUAGUAUACUGAGAAACAAACAGGGGAGAUUGAGGAUCAAUAAUAAGCUCUGCAAUCAGUUUCACAUUUAAGACAAGCCUUCUGAUCGGUUAAUGAUCAACCUGUAUGUGAAGAAGCCCAUGAUGCAACAACAAUCCUGACUGGUCAAUUCCAAAAUCCAAUGGAUCAUGGAGCUUCAUUAUUAUAUGCUUGGCCCUGUUGCAUAAAAAUAGUGAUCAACAACAAAAAAUAGAAUUCAAUAAUCGUACCCUUCUUGGCCAAUCAAAUUGUAUCAUUUUAGUAGCUUAUAAGAUUUAUAACUUACCAUUGAUGAUAAACAUUCUAGAAACAAGGCAAUGAAGUUUGGGAAUAGUAAAACAAUAAAUGGGAGCUGUGUGUACGAAUCAAUAUAGAUACAAUAAUCUGUAUGAGAAAUUAUUCAGCCAUAAAUGCAAGCUUUCUUUUUGCACGGUCACAAUUCUGUUUCAUAUGAUGUGUUAUUUUCUGAAAUACUCCUAAUGUGUAAUAUUUUGAGAGCAUUAUGGCAUUUCAUUUUGUAUUUUAGGUUUUAGAAGAGUAUUGGAGUAGUGAAAUGGUUUCUAACCAGUAUUUAAAGCUUAUGCCUAUAAUUGAACCGGGGAAACAACGUUGGACAAUUUCCUCGAGGAAGCAAGAACUAAGUUAAUACCGGUACCCAUAUACCUACUAUAUAUGUAUGUUAAACGAUGAUUUUGAUGCUUUAGAAAAUAAAGUAGAUGUUUCCAUUUAUCUCCCAAUACAGUAUUGACGAUGUCUUACUCUAGUAUUUCAGGUAUUGGUUUAUCUUAUGCAUGUUUUCAUUAAGAGUCAGUACUAGUAUCAAAUCAAAAUCAACAUCUGUUGUUAGACGGUUGGAGACAAUUAAUUGGAAUUCUGCAGAAGUUUUUUUCCCCAAAUUUUGCUAUAUAUAUCUUUCAGUCAUAAAAUUGAAGCAUAUGUGAAUAAUUCUGCAGUUCCAUUUUUUUUCUCCAAAAUUGAUCUCUUUUUUUAUUGAUUUGAGAUAUUUUCUGUAUGUCCUACAUGAUGCUUAAGGAAAUAAAAUCACAUAGCCUCCAAUUUCAGAUAUAUAGAUGUUUCAAAGCAAGUAACUAUUUUUAAUCGUAGAACAAUGACACGUUUUCUUCGUUUAGUAAGAAACUUUGUCAUGGGACAGCAGAAUUCAUUCAUAAGACUCGUCCAUUUUGGCUCAUGAACAAUCUUGUCUGUGAUUUUCAUAUACAGUUUAGCUCCAGGCCAAUCAGAUGCAACAAUUUCAAAAGCUUAUAACAGCUUUCGGGGAAAAUGUCUGAUAAGCUACCUUUUGAAAAUACCCCUUGAUUAGACUCAUCCAUCUGGCUCAUGAUGCAUCUUGUAUGUGAUUUUCAUAAGCAGUUUUUCUUUUAGCCAAUCAGAUGCAAUGAUCCCAGUAGAUUAUAACAGCUCUCGGGGAAAAUACCUAUAAAUUAUCUUUUGACAAAAAAAAACCUUUAUUAGACUCACUCAUUGUCAUGCUGAUGGUAGAAUAUGAAGGAAGUUUUGGAUAUUGUAUGUGUUCUGGUUCAAAGGUGACAUCACUUGAAUGUGAACCACAAGGUUUCGGAUUCAAAUCCCAUCCCAGUACUAGCUCCUUUGGCAAGAUGCAUAAUUACAUUAGCUACUCCUCAUUGAAGGUAUUGAGUGAAUAACCUUAUAGUCUUUUUAAAACAUUCUCUACUGUAUACUCAUAUAAGUUCAUAUUUAAUAUGGUCCAUUACAUGUAUAUGGAAAUAUGCUUUCCUACAGCAUUACAAACAUAUGAAACACUAAUGGUAUAUACAGGAUGUGAGAACAUGGAAAAGGGCAACCAAACAUGCAAAACAGAAAUAUGAUUCUCUACCAGAAGUCAUGGCAUGUUUGUAUGUAGAGGAUUCUCAUUUUACCUGUAUAACAAGAAAUAUGUAUGUCAUUAUCCUUAUGAUAUUUAUUAUUGGCAAAAAGAAGCUGCUGAAAACUGCUUAUCUAAUACAAGAGAGCCAAUGGAGUAAAUUAGAAAGUCAAAAGGGGCCUAAGCUUUCGAUCCUAGCAGAAUCUUCGUCGGAGGCAAAAAAAUAUUAUUAUAA